AUGGAUCCUUUAGUCGAAAAUCCCAACAAUCUGCCACCCGAGGCCACCGACACCACCGCCACCGACGCUGAUGUUGCAGCUGUUCCGAUCGUUGCUACUACUCUCACAGUCACUAAUCCUUUUGCUAAUUCACUACAUUCUUUUCUUACUGUCAAAUUAGAUUGUCUCAACUUCCUUGCAUGGAACUCUCAGGUUCUCUUGACGGUCAUCGGACAUGGGCUCGACGACAUACUUCUCACCAGAGCUGCCCCUCCUCGCUUGAUGGCUGAUGGUUCUAUCAAUCUAGAACAUAUUUCUUGGGUUCGAAAGGACCAAUUACUCCUGAGCUGGCUUCGCUCUUCAAUGUCUGAAGCAAUCCUUGGUUUUCUUGCUCAAUAUACAUCAUUAAAUUCUGCUUGGAGAGCUUUGGAGAAAAGGUUCAGCAAUCAGUCGAAGGCCAGAAUUCUCCAAAUUAAAUCGCAGUUGUCCAUAAUACAGAAGGGUAAUCUUUCCAUCUUUGAUUACUUUGAUAAAGUCAAGAUUCUUGCUAACUCUUUGUCUAUUGCUGGUUGUCCAUUGGAAGAAAAUGAUCUUGUUAUGCAUCUAAUGAACGAUUUAGGCCCUGAGUUUGAUCUAGUUGUAGUUCAUGUUACUAGCCGUGUUGAUGCUCUUUCUUUUGAAACUACACAAUCGCUACUAUUAUCUCAUGAAUCUAGACUGGAAGACAUUGUGCUCUCGGUGAACUCUCCCCUAAAAUGUCUGCAAACUUGA